CGUGACCCGGGGCUCGUCUGCUUUCCUUAUAAGCCUCGCGCCUCGCGCUGGGCGCCGCGGGCCCAAUUCCUCGCGGUCCGGGACCUUUCCGUGUCGCCUCCUCCGACACCUCCUCGGUCCUCGAGCCCGCGGGCGGGCGCCCCUCUGCCAGGACAGCCCGUCGGUCCGGUGACUGAUGCCCAGGCUGGACGACCACUUCUGGAGUUGUCCCUGUGCUCGCGGCGCCAGGCACCGAAGCUACUCGACAGCCCGCGCCGGCGCGCUGGCGGCCAAAGUCGGGGGCAUGGUCACCUCCUCCGUGUCCGGCUCCGCGCUGCGGGCGGCCGGCGGGGCCCGGGACCCAGGGCCGGCUCGCAGGCCUGGGAGCCCUGGCGUGAGGGCGCAGGCCACCCUCUGGCAUCCCCACCUGCUGCAGAGGGGCCUGGUGCUCUUCUCGGUCGGGGUGGUCCUCGCCCUGGUGCUCAACCUGCUGCAGGUACAGAGGAAUGUGACCCUAUUCCCCGACGAGGUGAUCGCCACCGUCUUCUCCUCGGCCUGGUGGGUGCCUCCCUGCUGUGGGACCGCGGCCGCGGUGGUCGGCCUCCUGUACCCCUGCAUCGACAGCCACCUGGGCGAGCCCCACAAGUUUAAGCGGGAGUGGGCCAGCGUGAUGCGCUGCGUGGCCGUGUUCGUGGGCAUCAACCACGCCAGCGCUAAACUGGAUUUUGCCAAUAAUGUCCAGCUCUCCUUGACACUGGCGGCCCUGUCCUUGGGCCUGUGGUGGACGUUUGACCGGUCGAGGAGCGGCCUCGGGCUGGGGAUCACCAUCGCCUUCCUCGCCACGCUGAUCACGCAGCUGCUGGUGUACAACGGCGUCUACCAGUACACGUCCCCGGACUUCCUGUACAUCCGCUCCUGGCUGCCCUGCAUCUUCUUCUCGGGGGGCGUGACCGUGGGGAACAUCGGGCGACAGCUGGCCAUGGGCGUCCCCGAAAAGCCACACAGUGACUGAGUCCCGCGCCCGCUGCUUCUGAAAGGACAGCCAGACGUGGGACAGGACGCCAAGCGCCAGACUGCGACAGAGUCGUCUCUCCUCUGCGAUCUGCUUUGACGGGCCUGGCAGACACGCUGCUCCGGGGACAGCCCCGCCCAUGAGCUAGAGGGUGGGCGCAGCCCGGCCCGCCCAGAAACACCGCCCGCGGCUGCCCUCGCGCUGUCGUCUGCCCCGCGGACCCUGGGUGUCCUGCCGGGGCAGGCGGGCGGCGGUGGCAGUUUCCGCGUGUUCGAUGCCAUUUAUGUCGCAAAACGCAAGUUGCCAUAUUUCAAAGCCUUGGACUGAAAGCACCAGCCCCAGCUCUGGGUUUGGGGCCACGCCCGCGGGAGGGGGGAGCUUGAGGGCGCUCAGGCAAGGCGAGACAAGGAUUAGAAAAGGUAUUCAUCCAAAAGAUUUUUAAACAUUGGGUUGUGUAAAACUACACGGAGCGGCGGGGCAAACGCGCUCGCGGCCGCACCUGCGUGUCCCAGAGGCCGUGGCGCCCCCCGCGGCGCUUGGCGCAGACAAUCCGAGAGCAGAGGGCAGCUCCGCGCGCGGGGACAGAGUCCGCCCUGUCCCGCGCUUCAGCCCUCGUGAGCCGGCCCGUCCGUACUCCAGCGUCCAGGUGACGGCAUCCCCCCCCAGCCCUACGGGAUUCGCAAUCCGGGAUUGCCUUGCCCCCAGCUCCGCCUGCAGCGCCGCGGGUGCGCGGAGCCUCCGGUGCGCUAGGCGGUGGGUGAGCAUGGCGCAUGCGCGGGGCGGCGCAGCCACGUCAGACCCGAUUUGCAAGUGUUGGGUCGUUAACUUCAAGUGCAAUGUGUACGAAAACCAAUCUGAGCCUUGUAUCCUCCUACGUAUUUAUUUUUUUUUAAACGUGUGAGAUGUUAGAGAGAGGGUUCCCCAUCCAUCCAUCCAUUUCAGCACUGCAUGGAGGCAGAAUUCAGCAAUAAUUUCUUUCCGGUGGGAAGUCCCUUCACGGUGCCCUCCACUGAGCCCUGGUCCUUCGAAAUACUCCGGUUUUGUGGGUUUUAGUAAACAUGUUGUUUUCACUUACAAAGUUGUCCUUUUUUGUAGUUUGAAAUUUCGGUAUUUUCCGUUUAAAUUCUGUGAAAGCAGCUUGGUGAGAAGAUCCCCAGGACAGAGGCCGGCAGCCUGACGGACUGGGCCGGCGGCCUGCCUGCGGCCGGGGCCGCGCACGGCUCCUGGGACACUCGCCCCCCGCAGCGGCGGUUUCGUUGUUGCGGGGAAAUCUCUUCCCGUAGGUGGCGCGCUCCCCUGGCCAAGCUGUUACAGGGGACUUUCGUUGAGAGGAAAAGGGGGUCGUUGCGAACUUGGCAAUGACCCCUACACAUUUUCUAAAAGCCAGUGAUUAGAACACGCACAGGGAUUUGGGGGGUGGUGUCGGUAUUUUAUGAAAAGCAACUUACUAGCUGAAAACAUUCAUCGGGUCUUUCAUUACACUUGCUGCAUAAAGAACAAGUUUUGGGGGUUUUUUUGGUCUUCAACCGGAAGUCAGUCUGUACCUGUUAGAAAUGACGUGGCCAAAAAGCGUGGAUCUGCACACUUCCCUUGCCAAUACUGUACAGCACGUGUGUGAACCAAAGCGACGCGAGUGUGAAAAGUGU